AUGGACGAACCACCACUACCCCCACAGCCCACAGAGCGAGAGGGCAACCCCUCGUGGGGCAGACUACGAACAGUCAGGCGAGCCCGCAACUCACCCCACGACAUCCCCUGCGGCGAAGAAUGCCUAGUAUACCCAAAAGGUAAGACCAACCACAUGCCGACCGGAAUCAUGGGUAAGAUCGCCCGAUAUCUAGAACUAGACCUCGAGAGCCGACCCUCAAAGGACGACGUCUGGAUGGAGAGGAAGGGGAGAAAGAGGCGUCGUGGCGGGAGACAUCGGCGCUGCCCGCGGCCGAACCAGUUUCAUCCAGGUGAGGAAGGAGGUUUGGAGGAUGCGGAGGAGACUAUGGAGGGGGAGUUGGUUGAGCCUGUUGCGCGGGAGGUAGGUGGCGCCGGCGGUUGUGGUGAUGGUGGUGGUGAGGUUGGGAGAGUGUAUCCUCCUGCUGCUGUGCGCGGCCAGGAGAGACCUGCUGAUCGGGUGGCUGCCGUUUGGGGAGGUUGCGAGAAUCCGGCUGCUGGACAUGUUAUCGAAGAGGCUACCCCGGUGCUUCUGUGUCCUGGACAGGCGAGGGAGGGGGAGGUGAGGCUACCUGGCGCUGCCGAGGUUCCUCGAGGUGAAGGCGCUGAUCCAUCUCAGAGAUGGGAAGGAGGUUCCGGUCGAAUUGCAACUAGUGGUCAGUGGCGGUGGUGA